AAUGAUUUCAGAGGUACAUAUUGGUGCUUGCAGCUAAAAAAAUUAGAAAGUCUCAGACUCUGUGUGUUGUUCAAAGUAAAUAAAGAUAAGGGUUGACUCCAAAUAGCACCCAUAUGUUGCCUAAAUAUAUCGGAUGAUGCAAUUACGUAAGCACACUGAUCAACCCACCUCUACUCGUCGUUUAAAACGCAGCCUCUCCCUGCAGCUUUGCACUGCAUGCCAACUGUCUGCCACCACAGCCCAGGUCCAGCCGUCCACCUCCACUGGAACCAUGCAGUCUCCUGAAGCCAAGUUCAACAGAAACAGCUUGUUCCUGACGCUGAAGAGCUACAGCUCGGCCGUCAGCGACAUGGAGAAGACCAUCCUCUUGCCAAGCCUGCUGCGAGACGUCCCUUCCGACUGUGAGGCAGCGGACGAGACCUGCAGAGAUCUCUAUGCCAACUACAUGAUGCUGAAGGCCAUUCGAAACACAGCGGAGAGCAGCCUGGUGAGCCUGGAUGAUCACAAGACGAAGAACACCAACACCACCACCACCAAGGCCCUGGAACCUUUCCUGGACGCCGACUCUGAAGCAUUAUUUCUCUUCCAUCUGAGAGGACUGUUUUCUGUGAUGAGCGACCUCACAAAGAAGACCCGGAGCCUCACAGAGAAAUACUUGGACAUACUCGGAUUGACAAACUAAUGUCAAAGCAUUUGUCUGUGGACAUUAAGCCACGUGUUUCUCACGGCUGCAGGUUUUAAGCGAGCUGAAAGUUUAAACUUACUGAAUAUGGAAUAAAUGUACUUGGGCAAAACUGA